CAAAGUUGGAUUGUGCACGUCUGACCCCAUCCACGUCCACACGCGCCUCGGCGUGGGUGCAAGCAGAUAAAUAGCCUGUCCUAUCCUUCAUGACGGGGUAAACACCUCCAUCCACCACGCUGCUGUACUAAGUGGCUAAGCUAAUCGUCUCGCAAUGGCCCGGGGUCGGAAGGGCAACAAGCAGCCCUACUUCGAUGACAAUGAGGGUCGCAAGUACUUGACGGUGUACCGCCCGUACCCGAUGAACGCGAACAUGGAGAUCGAGGCUGAUCGCAUGGCCUUUGCCUACUGGAUCGCCAGCUGCAUCGGUAGAGAUAAUCUCCUAGCAUUCUUUCACAAGCCUAGGUCCCCUAGCAUGCUCAUCGUCGAAAUCAAUGGAGAGUUCAAAGACUUCAAGGCCAUUUUGGGCGAACACCGCUGGUCCGCUUUCAUCCGUAAACCGACCAACGAAGAGAAGAAGAUGUCCUCUCAGGUUUUCUACUGCACUUACUCAACCACUCGCGAGGUUGAGAAGUAUGGCUGGAAGCGCAUCGACCUGCUCGACGAGUGGUUCUAUUCGAAGGAGAAUGGUAUCAGGUGGCACCCCGUCAACAAUGUGAUCGUGUACCCGUACCCAGCCACGGAACGAUGCGACCCUCCUCCCGAAGACCCGACGAGAGAAAACCUCUGUCGCCCCCUCCCGGUCCAGCAAUUCAAACCGCCGCCACCACCUCGCCCUCCGCCAGUUGGCUCUCCUGCAUGGAAUACGAUGAAAGAAGCCGAGAGCAGUGGCCAACCCAACCGAGCAGCCACUUCCCGCGCACAGCAGCAAGCGUACCCGAUAGAUCCCAUCCCCGACAACAAGCCUCGUAACCUAGCAGGCUGGGCGCAAAAUAGGUUCCCGGAAUUAGGACGAUCCCUCCCUCCAGGGCUUGUUCCACGAGGCCCGACCACGGCGCCUGCGUCCAUUUGGAGCAAGGGUCCACCGGGGCUCGUGCGCAAUCUGGGCGGGGCGUCGUCCCGGUCGAGCGGGAGCGAGCACGGCAACUCCCCUUCGAUCCCACAGACGCCACAGGAUGACACGCCCAACGAGACGAGGAGCUUCUCGAUUGGUGCGAGCAUGGCGGACGACGAGAAUGACGAGUCUGACGAAGACGAAGACGAUAAACCGAGGACGUACAACGUCGUACAGUCCACUCCAGAAGAGCCGCCGGUUGACGAGGAUAAUCAGAAGGCGCAGGACAACUAUAACGGGCCUGAGCCCAAAUCCGCGAAGCCGAAGGCGAUGGGUGACGAAUUCAAGUGCUCGUACCAUCUGAACGGCCGGUGCAAGCCUACGAUCUGCUCAGAUUAUGCUGAGUGGCUGAGGAAGCAGACUCGGAAGCAGCGCGAGGAGGAUCGGAAGGCGGCACAGUCGAAUGGCAAGAAGGGAAAGACACCGGUGGGCGCCUGGCGUACCACGCAGGACGCGCAUAGAGGCCGCCGCGGGAGUGCCGCUGAGUGGGCAGACAGUCUUCCACCCGGCGAACGCGACGGCGCGCCGCAUCUCUCGCCUCCACGAUCCGGGUCGUCGUCCUCGUCGACUGAACGUUCACCAUCCGCGUCUUCGGAGCGAAGCUCGCCUGCGCCCGUGGGUCGCGGGCGGAGGCAGCGCAACAUGCCCGAGGCUAAGGUGCCUCCUGCACGCCCUGACAACCUCAAGCGUCCCUCUGCCAAGGCGAAUGUCACGAGUCCCCCACCGCAGCGCCCCCCGCACUUGAUGAAACCCGGCUCAGGCAGCGCCAACGGCAACACCCUGCCCAAGACGAACACGCCUCCCACGCCUUCGACGCCUGCGCCUCCUGUACCAGCUGGACUGCGCAAGAAUGCGAACGGCAAUGGAAGUGUCGCCAAGACGGGGUCCGCGACUGCCGCGAAGACGGGGUCCGCGACUGCUGCGAAGACGGCUCAGCUGCCGAAAGGAAAAGGCAUCGCUAGCCCGAGUACUCCUGUGUCGCCGCCGCCUUCGGCCAACGUACACUCAGGAGGAAUCCGGCAGUGGGUAGAGCAGGUCGGCCAACAUAGCGGGAGCGCAGCGGGUAGCAGUCGGCCUGCUCAUCACAAAGGCAACGGCGACCUCUCUUACAACAAGAACAAUGGCAACAACGACGACGCAAAGUCGGAGGGUGGUUGGAGCGUCGUGUCCCAAGGUUUGGGCUUGUGGGGUGCCGUCGACCCGAAUAAAGAUAUCAAUAACGAUGUCAAGUCUAGGGCAGCGUGGGGCGACCCCUCGAAGAGCAAAGGCCUGUGGCCCGGGGGCGUCGAUAUAAAGCCACAGAGAGACGACGACGAGAAGUCCAUGGCAGCUUGGAGCGCGGCGUCGAUGGGCGAGGGUGUGUGGGGUGCUGUCAAGCCGAAGGACGACGACGCCGUGUCCGUGGCGAGCACCGCUGCCCCCACUAACUCCGCGAAGGCACGCAGCGCCGCAAGCAAAGGGAAGGGCAAAGCCAACUCGAACAAGAACAAGAAGGACAAUGCUAAGGUCCAGAAUUUGGUCCAGAACGGUUCGAAGCCUGGCCCUGUUGCGGGUCCCACUCCAGCCGCCAAGCCUCUAUUCCAGCCACCUCCGACGAAACUUAGUUGGGCUGACGAGAUGGAACGGGAGGAACGCGGCGAGGAUGAUGCCCGCUCGGUUGCGUCCGAGUCGGGCGGUUGGGGUUCCGUGUCGAAUGGGCCCUGGUAAGCUGAGCUCUCCGUAGCGAUGCGCGCUGUUUGAGGAAUCGAUAAACGAACAAAUCCUGUUGCUAUGAUGCUCAAAGUUCAUGACCAAGUGACAUUCACGGCAAUCUGCUCUCGCUGUUGCUGCUGUCUUCUACAUACACGAGAUGACUUCGCUGUGCUAUCCUGCUUUCGUGCUGUAACAUACCCAAAGCUAUCGUUGUACAUAUACUCACUGCUCCAAAUGAAAUUGUGGUUCUUAUGUA